CCAACUAGUUUUCGAUUUCUCGUCCGGUUGAAAGCAGUCCAGAGUCGGCAAGCCACCAUGAAUAAUGUUCUGAUUUUCGUGUUUCUCCUAAGAGCAACAUCGGUAAUAGUGAAAUGCCAACAGAGCGAAGUUCAAGUGCCCAAGUGCAACGGCAUUUUCGGGUGUAUUGCGAACGUGCAAUGUGCAGCUGGUGAGUAUUGGACUCCGGGCGCUGCACUAGGCGGGUGUUGCCCCGGCUGCGUUAGUGGGCUCGGACUUGGGCAGAGCGGAUGUGGCGUCGAUGGGAAUGUCUGUGCACCGGGAUUAUUCUGUGCCAAAGGAGGCAUCUGUAUGCUGGACACGACUAGCUGCCUGUCCACGAGGCAUGUGUCCGAAAAAGUCCAGUGGAAGCCGGAAUGUGAUUCAGAGGGGAAUUUUCAGGCGAAACAGUGCAAAGGGGAUCGACUGCUGGGGCGGUGUUUCUGUUACUCGGCAAUCGGUCAGCGGAUUUUCGGUUGGCAAUGGCACGGUAAGGCGGACAAUAUGACCUGUGCUUGCAGUCGGCGCAGAUCGGAUUUAGAGGCGGCAGGAAGACAAGAUGUUACCCUCCAUUGUGCCGCCGAUGGGAGCUUUGAGCCACUGCAAUGUGACGGAGGAGUCUGCUGGUGUGCAGAUCCGAAGACGGGGAACCCGUGGCCAAGGGUUCCGGCAGUAUUGCCGUCCAUGUGGAAGAAAUUGCCUUGUUACAAUCGUACACUACAUGGCAACCGGUACCUUCGGCAGUGUGAAAGUAAAGCUUUCGCCCAGCGGCGUUUGGAGAUGAAAUUCAUUGCCCAUGGACAGGUGAACGUUAGCCAUACCGGAGCGGUGUGCGAUUACGAUGGCACAUAUGGAAAGAAUGAAUUUGCACGAGGCAUCGCAUACUGCACCUGGCGGGAUGGUACCCGAAUCGGAGAAUACCAGACGAGCAGUCUUAAGGCGCACGUGAUGACCUGCAAUUGUGCUCGAGACGAGCAGAUUUUCCAAGCAGCCGGAAUGCAGUUGGAGCUACUGUGCGAAGGAAACGGAAACUAUGCCACUUUGCAGGAUCGAAAUGGGGAACUUUUCUGCGUGGACAGAGAUGGAUAUGUGGUAGCCGAACGCGUUCAGCCCGAUGUUGACUGCACGGAGUACAUGUAUGGGUAACCUAAUCAUCUGGAUAAGCGUAGACGUAAUCGAUUUUAAGUGAAUAAAUAUUUUCGUAAACGAAUUCGUUCCCGAAUAAUUAUAAAAUUAAUAAACAUGAUUCGCGUUUUCAAUUAGAAAAUUUUAAUGUUUUUAACGAUCUUUUUGUGC